AUGGAACAAAGAAGAUACGAGAGACGAAGUGCGCGAGGAUAUUUGUUCGGCUGUGUGGUUGCUGUGCUUUUGUGGAGCACGGCCUGGGCGCAAUUAAGAUACUCCAUCUCUGAGGAAGUAAACGAAGGAACGGUGGUUGGAAAUAUAGCGAAAGAUCUGGGAUUAGAUAAAAGCACGCUGAUCGACAGGAAGUAUCGGAUUGUUUCUAGUAAUGCGGAUCCCCUUUUCCAUGUAAAUCAGAACAAUGGUGUCCUGUAUGUGAGCAGAAAGAUUGACAGGGAAGAGGUGUGCGCGCAGAGCAAUACGUGCUUAAUGAAUCUAAAAACCGUGCUAGAAAACCCACUGGAGGUGCACUACGUAGGGGUUGAAAUUCUGGAUAUAAAUGACCAUUCUCCCAGUUUCCCAGAUGAAGAAAAAACGCUGGAGAUGUCAGAGUCUGUAUUACCCGGAGUACGUAUUCCGCUUCAACACGCACGAGAUCCAGACGGUGGUCAUUUCUCUGUGCAGCAAUAUAAACUCAGCCCAAACGACCACUUCCGUUUGGAAGUUAAGGAUAAGGGAGAAGAUGGUAAAAUACCUGUAUUAAUCGUACAGAAAUCUUUAGAUAGGGAGUCAGCGGGAAGCCACUCGUUAGUGCUGACUGCACUGGAUGGAGGGAAACCUCCGAAAUCUGGCGAGACGAAUAUUUUAGUAAAAGUUUUGGAUAUAAAUGAUAACGCGCCUGUUUUCUCUAAAGAUGUUUAUUCUGUGAUGCUCGAUGAAAACGCUCCAGUAGGAACAACAGUCAUACAAGUGAAUGCAACCGAUUUAGAUGAAGGACCGAACGGAGAAGUGGUUUACUCAUUCAGCAGUAUUGUGAAUCGUAAGUUAUUAAAGCUGUUUGAUAUCAAUCCAUCAACAGGGGAGAUACUUGUAAAAAGUUUGGUAGAUUAUGAGGAGAAGGAAAAAUAUGAGAUUGAAAUUCAGGCAUCAGAUAAAGGUCUGGCUCCUCUAGCAACCCAAAAAAGCGUCAUUAUCAAGAUAGUUGACGUUAAUGAUAAUGCACCUGAAAUUGAGGUUACUUCCUUUUCAAGCUCCAUCCCUGAAGAUUCCAGACCAGGCACUACAGUUGCCCUUAUCAGUGUUAAUGACUUGGACUCUGGUCUCAAUGGAAAAGUUAUUUGCUCCAUAGGUGAAGAUGUUCCUUUUGCUUUAUCCCCAUCUUUACAAGACAAAAUGUAUUCCUUAAUGACCAGAUCGCCUCUGGACAGAGAGAAACAGUCACAUUAUGACCUGACAAUAACUGCAAAAGAUGCUGGUCACCCUUCAUUAUCAUCUGAAAAGACAAUAAGCGUUGUGGUGUCAGAUGUGAAUGACAACAGUCCAGAGUUUUCACUGAGUCCAUAUACUUUCUAUGUCACUGAAGCUAAUGAGCCAGGUACCUCUGUGUUUUCUGUUAAAGCAUUUGAUCGUGAUGAGAACGACAAUGCACUUGUUUCCUAUCAUAUUCUCAGAGAUGGAAGCGAAGAAAAUAAAGUGACUUCAUUUCUCAACAUAAACUCUGAAACUGGAGACAUUUUGGCGCUAAAAAGUUUUGACUUUGAAACACUGAAGACUUUCCAGUUCCAAGUUGUUGCCACAGAUUCUGGAACUCCGUCACUAAGCAGCAACGUCACAGUGAACGUGUUCAUUCUGGAUCAGAACGACAACGCUCCAGUCAUCCUGUAUCCAGUCAGCUCUAACGGUUCUGCUGAAGGUGUGGAGGAGAUUCCCCGCAAUGUGAACGCAGGACACUUGGUGACUAAAGUCAGAGCCUAUGACGCUGAUAUAGGAUAUAACGGCUGGUUACUGUUUUCACUGCAGGACGUUACUGACCACAGUCUCUUUGGUUUGGACCGCUAUACAGGACAGAUCAGAACACUUCGCUCAUUCACAGAGACAGACGAGGCUGAGCAUAAACUGGUCAUACUGGUGAAAGACAAUGGGAACGUUUCACUCUCAGCAACAGCUACUGUGCUUGUCAAAGUCGUGGAGCCCAAAGAGGCUUUUGCUGCUUCUGAUGUUAAAAGUGCAACAAAGGAUGAGGAGGAGAAUAAUGUGACUUUUUACCUGAUGAUAACUUUGGGCUCAGUUUCAACACUUUUUCUCAUCAGUAUCGUCGUGCUGAUUGCAAUGCAGUGCUCCAAAACCACAGACUAUACUUCUAAAUAUCUACAAGAGACUAAUUAUGAUGGGACACUGUGUCACAGCAUCCAGUACAGAUCUGGAGACAAACGGUACAUGCUAGUAGGACCCAGAAUGAGUAUAGGAUCUACGAUAGUCCCGGGCAGCCAUGCGAAUACACUGGUGCUCCCUGACAGGAGAGGGACACCUGGAGAGUUAUUCUUUGAUGCAAAUUAA